AUGCCAAAUAGGACUCACUGUUCGGUUGAUUGGCUUCAAAUCGCUUCAUGUUGUGAGACAAUGCUCAGCCAUCCAUCACAGUGUGUCCGAGAGGCGUCGACCGAUUUAGUUGUCGCCAUUUUCAAGUCAUACAAGAAUUCCGUUCAGAUGGUGAGGACUCUCAUGGUUGUUAUGACGCAAGCAUGGACAUCCCGUCAGGAGGUACUCUUCAAACCCUUUAAUCAACUCCCCAAAAUGCCAGAAUUCGACCCGGAACACGAAGACAAUGCGAAGGAUUGUCGUGUGGCUUGGCGUUCGGGGCACUUGAUGGCCUUCAUGAAAAUCAGUCAAAUGCUUCUUGAAGAAUACCGCCGAAAUUAUAGUAAUCCUCGUAAGUCACGCUUUCUCAACUGA